UAAAGCACGGUCACUACUACGUAUCAUAAAGCAGGUACAAGGUAUUUUACAUUCACAGAGGUAUGAUACAGUACUGCCCUACAUCUAUAAUACUAGAGAUACAAUUAAAAAGGCAUUGUUUGAGACUUGAUUCUGUUUUCUCAGCAGAGGCCCCAAGGGUGGGACAGCAGCUCUGGGAAGACGCACCUUCUCAGACAGGUUUUCCUCUCAUUAGUGGCACAGUUCUAGGAAGAUGUGGAUUCCUACAUGAAACAGCCUGGGAAUGAGACUGUGAAUACAGUGCUAAAGAAGUUGGAUGAACAGUACCCCAAGUAUAAGUUUAUGGAACUCAACCUUGCUCAAAAGAAAAGGAGGCUAAAGGGUCAGAUUCCUGAAAUUAAGCAAACUUUAGAAAUUCUGAAAUACAUGCAGAAGAAGAAAGAAUCCACCAAUUCAAUGGAAACCAGAUUCUUACUGGCAGAUAACCUGUACUGCAAAGCUUCAGUUCCUCCUACCGAUAAAGUGUGUCUGUGGUUGGGGGCUAAUGUAAUGCUUGAAUAUGAUAUCGAUGAAGCUCAGGCAUUGUUGGAAAAGAAUCUAACAACUGCCACCAAGAACCUGGAUUCUCUUGAGGAAGACCUUGACUUUCUUCGAGAUCAGUUUACUACCACUGAAGUCAAUAUGGCCAGGGUUUAUAAUUGGGACGUAAAAAGAAGAAACAAAGAUGAUUCCGCCAAGAACAAAGCAUAAUUCUUGCAAUGAAAAAUGUGGUUCAUUUUUCCAAACAUGAUCUUUUAAAUAUUCCAAAGUUUAUUCUUAAAAGUUGACAUUAAUUUGAAUGUUUUUUUAAACAGUAUGAAUGAUCAUUAAAACUUUAAAA